AUCAACCACCGUCACCAAUUCACAGGAAAAGCUCCGUUCACUGCUUCUUCUUCUUCUUCUUCUUCGAAUUCACUCAGCUUCGAGGGCAAGGGAAGAUGUCGGGCCGUGGGAAGGGAGGCAAGGGGCUGGGCAAGGGCGGCGCGAAGAGGCACCGGAAGGUCCUGCGCGACAACAUCCAGGGGAUCACGAAGCCGGCGAUCCGGCGGCUGGCCCGCCGCGGCGGGGUGAAGCGGAUCAGCGGGCUGAUCUACGAGGAGACGCGCGGGGUGCUGAAGAUCUUCCUGGAGAACGUCAUCCGCGACGCCGUGACCUACACGGAGCACGCGCGGCGGAAGACGGUGACCGCCAUGGACGUCGUGUACGCGCUCAAGAGGCAGGGGAGGACCCUGUACGGCUUCGGCGGCUGAAAAACCCGCUGUCCUCGGCUGAUUGCGGUCGCGUUAGUAGGGUAGGGUUCUUCGAUGUAGUUCGUGAUGCAUGUGUAGUGCGUUUCGUGUUUCGAACGAAAUGAGCUUGUGGGGGUUUAGUUUUCUGGGUCUAUGUACGAAUGGGAUCUCCAUUUGGGUGAAUAGAAAUUUCAGGUUUAAGUUC